GAGUAACUGCUACUACAACCUCAUCUUCCUCGACUGCCUCGAGUACCUGAUCCCGAGCCACCUUCAGGAGGAGCACAUGUCGGCCCUGCAGACCGUCGGCAAAUAAAGCUCUUCCCGGAACCGACCUUCCUCGACGGCGUCUGCGAACGACCCGGAUUCACGAACGGCUUCGAGCAGGUCGUUCUUCAUUUUGCUUUCGCGUGGCUCGAACUUCGGACACCCGCUGCGUCAAAUUUCAUUUCCUGCUUGAGGUUGACUGCCUUUGGGUUGGUUCUGCUCUGCUGCUGGAGGAGGAGAUGGACGAGUCUGGUGUGGGGUUGUGUCAAGGCCUUUCUGAAUAAACUCAAACU